AUGCCCUCUGAAUCCGGCUUGAGCUAUCUCGAAUCGACAUUGCAGCUAGAUCGCGAAAGCGCUACAUACCAUGGUCCGAGCGACAUCAUUACUGGCUCUGCCACGGUCACUUUUAACCCCAAAGAUGGAGAAACAGAGUUCUGUGGCCCUCUGGUAGUCAGUGUUAUAUUGAAAGAAGCCCUCCGAGACAAUAGACGCCACGAUCGGGGGCUGGCGAAUUCUUCCAUGUUUAGUGGCUACAGAGGAGAUCGUGUUCUCUGCGACCAGAGGGUGUACCUUCACGAUGCUCCGGUUCGACUUUCGAAGGGCGACACCAUGUCUUCAUCAUUCUCAAUCAGCUUCCCAGAAUUUGCAGACUCGAUCGCGUCUCCGCUUUCACCCCGGGUGUCUGGUUCAAUUUCGAGACACAGGCUUCCCACUCAGCAUGAGCAGCUCGACAUGCCUCCUGGCUACGAUGAAGCUGUCCCCAGUGAAUGGCAACUUCAAGAACCUAGAGCUGCACCUCAAAGUCGCGAAAGACUGCCGCCGGCAGCAGUCCUGCAUAAAUAUCCGAAACCUGACGAAGUUGAGGUCGGCUAUCUCUUGUCUAUAAUUGUGAAGUCUCCCGGAAAUACCGAAGGGGGGACGCCUCGCAAUGCUUCUCAGAGGAUCAGCUACUUACCACCCACAUGGCAAACAGUACAAGGAACAGAUGCAUUCUUCCACGAUUUCACAGUGCGUUCUCGGAGUCUACUCGAUCACAAAGCGCGUGAUGAUACAAAAGGCGCAAUCAAAUUCAUGUACGGCAAUUGGUUGUAUAAAGAGGAAUAUACACCGACUUUUACCGGACGACUUCACGUAUCCGGAAUACCUUCGAUCAUUGCAUUACAUGACCAGAAUGCUCUGAGCGAGCUCAGUUUUCAGGUCAGCAUUUAUCCGCAGUGGGAUCGUUGUACUAUCGCGGAGUUGCCAGAUAUAUCGCUCAAGACUUGUAAGGUUCACCUGGUUACCAUAAUGUCUACUGUGCCUCCCAGCUCGAAUCAACAACGAGGGCGAGACGAGCAAUCCGAAAGGAGGACAACCCGAGAGGUGGAGAUCAGGAGUGUUGAACCAGAAGGUCCAUUUCACGCCAUGCCUAUAGAGAAAGGGUCUGAGAAUCGUGCCUUAGAAUCAAGCACUUCGAGCGAAGAGAGAAGAUCAGGUAAAGGCAAGGCACCGGCAUAUCUCGGUCGAUUCUUGAGGAGAGAAGAGGAACAAGUGGCUGGGCCUAACUCUUCUCCGGAUGGAGCUGCACAAAGUCGACAGUCCCCGGACAGCUUGCAGGAGCAUUUGGACCCCGACCAUAUGGACAGUGAUGAUAGAAGCCGAGCCGAAAAAGCCAUGCUGGCCAAGCGAAUGGCCGAGCUCGAUAUGGAACCCGGUCCCUCUCGUUCAUCAGCUCCGGAACAUGCACGGACGCCAUCUGUUGCGAAAUUACUGCCCACUGAUCAGCCUCAUGCGUUCAUCACACCCAAGAUGAUCCAGACUGUGCCAAUUUACGAUGUCCCGCCCUCUCUUUCAACGUAUACCAGUCGCAGAUACGAGAUCCGUAUCCAAAUUGAUCUCUUGAUCGGGAAACAAGUUAUCGGUGCGACGAGAAGCAUACCUUUACUUGUGCACGAGAGUGGACCAUUCGUGACCAAUGCACAAGGCGAGCCUGUAGGCCCACCGCCGGCGGCUGAUGAAGAUGAGGGCAUGGGUAUAGAGGAUGAAUUGCCGACUUACGAAGACGCAGUUGGGCUAGGGAGAAGGUGA